AGUUACUGUUGGAUAUUAAAUGACAACUACGUGGAAAUAGAUUAAACUAAGUUAGACGUUGUAUAGAAUAUGAUCUAUUGUAUAUAUUAUUUUUCAUGAGCUAACUGUUGAAAAUGAACGGUAUCUGUUUUGUAAUUGCAGUAUGAAUAAAAUGAACAUGAAUUUUGCAAGUGACGUUUAAAUUAUUAUAUGAUGCUAGAAGAAUGAUACUGUGCUGCUAUGUGCGUUUAUUAAACAAAUACAAAUACAAAUUCAAUUCAAUUCAUGCUCUUUCUACUUACACUCACUACACCUUUUCUCAUUCUCAAUUUCAACCUUCUGAUUUUGAUCAUCAUAGAUACAAAACCUCUUGUUCCUUCUACGAUGCCAAUCAACUUCAUUUACAAAUCUACAAAAACGGUUUCACCAAUGAUGUUUUCAUGUGCAACACUCUUAUCAAUAUAUAUGUUAGAAUUGGCAACUUGGUUUCAGCACAUAACCUGUUCGAUGAAAUGCCCCAAAAGAAUCUCGUUUCUUGGUCUUGUUUAAUUUCAGGGUACGCACAAAAUGGAAUGCCUGAUGAAGCAUGUUCUUUAUUUAAAGGGGUGAUUUGUAAUGGUUUAUUACCUAACCACUAUGCCAUUGGUAGCGCUCUUCGAGCUUGCCAACAAUCUGGUUCAACUAGGCUUAAACUUGGGAUGCAGAUUCAUGCCUUAAUUUCUAAAUCUCAACAUGAUUCUGACAUGGUUUUGUCGAAUGUACUUAUGUCCAUGUAUUCUGUUUGUUCUGAUUCUAUUGAUGAUGCUCGUCGUGUUUUUGAUGAAAUAAAAUUUAGAAAUUCUGUAACGUGGAAUUCUAUCAUUUCGGUUUAUUGUCGAAGGGGAGAUGCAGUUUCUGCUUUUAAGUUAUUUUCCAGCAUGCAAAUGGAAGCUAUAGACAUUAAUUUAAGGCCUAAUGAAUAUACUUUGUGUAGUUUAGUAACUGCUGCAUGCUCGCUGGCUAACUGUGGAGUCGUUGUACUUGAGCAGAUGCUCACUAGAAUUGAGAAAUCCGGAUUUGUACAUGAUUUGUAUGUUGGUAGUGCAUUGGUUAAUGGGUUUGCGAGAUAUGGUUUAAUGGAUUGUGCUAAAAUGAUUUUUGAGCAGAUGUAUGAUCGUAAUGCUGUGACUAUGAAUGGGUUAAUGGUUGGAUUGGCAAAGCAGCACCAGGGUGAAGAAGCAGCUAAAGUAUUUAAGGAAAUGAAGGACUUAGUGGAAAUAAACUUGGAAUCUUAUGUGGUUCUUUUAAGUGCUUUUACUGAAUUUUCGAAUUUAAAAGAAGGGAAGAGAAAAGGGCAGGAGGUUCAUGCUUACCUGAUUCACAAUGGUAUAGUUGAUGCUCGGAUUUUGAUUGGAAAUGCACUUGUCAAUAUGUAUGCAAAAUGUGAUGCCAUUGCUAAUGCUUGCUCGAUUUUUCAACUGAUGCCUAGUAAAGAUACUGUCUCAUGGAACUCUAUGAUCUCUGGCCUUGAUCACAAUGAGCGAUUCGAGGAAGCAAUUGUCUGUUUUCAUACAAUGAGGAGAAAUGGAAUGGUUCCAUCAAAUUUUUCAGUUAUUAGUACUUUGAGUUCGUGUUCAAGCUUGGGUUGGAUAACAUUAGGACGACAGAUACACGGUGAAGGGAUCAAAUUGGGGCUUGAUUUGGAUGUUUCAGUUUCAAAUGCCCUCUUAACAUUAUAUGCUGAAACUGGUUUUAUCGGUGAAUGUCAGAAAGUUUUCUUUCUAAUGCCAGAAUACGAUCAAGUUUCUUGGAAUUCUUUUAUUGGUGCGCUAGCAACUUAUGAAGCAUCGGUUAUACAGGCUAUAAAAUAUUUCCUGGAGAUGAUGCAAGGUGGAUGGAGACUUAAUAGAGUGACGUUUAUAAAUAUCUUAGCUGCGGUUUCUUCUCUUUCAGUUUUAGGACUGGGCCGUCAAAUCCACGCUUUAAUCUUAAAAUACUCUGUUGCUGAUGACAUUGCUAUUGAGAAUGCACUUCUAGCUUUCUAUGGAAAGUGUGAGCAGAUGGAGGACUGUGAGAUUAUCUUUUCUAGAAUGUCUGAGCGAAGCGAUGAAGUAAGCUGGAAUUCGAUGAUUUCUGGAUACAUACACAGUGGCAUCCUGCACAAGGCCAUGGAUUUGGUAUGGCUUAUGAUGCAAAGGGGACAGAAAUUGGAUGGUUUCACAUUUGCUACUGUUCUCAGUGCAUGUGCUUCAGUUGCGACAUUAGAACAUGGUAUGGAAGUUCAUGCAUCUGCUGUAAGAGCUUGUUUAGAAUCUGAUGUUGUUGUUGGAAGUGCACUAGUUGACAUGUAUGCAAAAUGCGGAAAGAUAGAUUACGCUUCAAGGUUCUUUGAAAUGAUGCCAGUAAGGAACAUAUAUUCUUGGAAUUCAAUGAUUUCCGGCUAUGCACGCCAUGGACACGGACAAAAAGCUCUAACGCUCUUUACACGAAUGAAACAGAAUGGCCAAUCACCAGAUCAUGUCACCUUUGUCGGGGUUCUGUCGGCUUGUAGUCAUGUGGGGUUAGUUGAUGAAGGAUUUAAGCAUUUCAAAUCAAUGGGUGAAAUAUAUGGUCUGGCUCCCCGAAUAGAACACUUUUCUUGUAUGGUAGACCUUCUUGGUAGGGCAGGUGAUGUUAAUAGGAUAGAAGACUUUAUCAAAACAAUGCCAAUGGAUCCUAAUGUCCUUAUUUGGAGAACAGUUUUAGGAGCAUGCUGCCGAGCUAACGGCCGUAAUACAGAGCUAGGGCGAAGGGCUGCAAAGAUGCUUAUCGAGUUAGAGCCGCAGAAUGCUGUGAAUUAUGUGCUUCUUUCUAACAUGCAUGCUGCUGGUGGAGAGUGGGAAGAUGUGGCAGAGGCUAGGUUGGCAAUGAGGAAAGCAGCAGUAAAGAAAGAAGCUGGGUGUAGUUGGGUCAACAUGAAGGAUGGAGUACAUUUGUUUGUAGCUGGAGAUCAAACACACCCUGAAAAAGAUAAAAUCUAUGAAAAGCUAAAGGAGCUAAUGAACAAAAUGAAGGAUGCUGGAUAUGUGCCUGAAACCCAAUAUGCACUCUAUGAUCUUGAGCUUGAGAACAAAGAAGAAUUCCUCAGCUAUCAUAGUGAAAAACUAGCAAUUGCUUUUGUUCUCACUCGCAAAUCUGAAUUACCAAUUAGGAUAAUGAAGAACCUUCGGGUUUGUGGCGACUGCCACACUGCUUUCAAAUACAUAUCAAAGAUUGUUAAUCGACAUAUAAUUUUACGAGAUUCAAAUCGAUUUCACCAUUUUGAUGGUGGCAUGUGCUCUUGUGGGGAUUAUUGGUGACCAAUGCAAAACAAUUAUGUAGUUUCUUUGGAUUCUUCACCACUAUGGCUUUGGGAAAACAUGGUUGACAUUUUCAAAUGCAAUUUAUAGGUGUUUUUAAAUUGUUAAAAGCAAACAAGAGUGAAGGAAAAUAGUGAGACAUAUAGUUAGAAGUGGAGCCAUAUAUUGAGAUUGGUUGGCAUAGUAUAUUAGGUGGUAGAGAUUGAAAAGUGACAAUGUCUAGAAGUUUGAUGACAAUCCACCACUAAGAGAAGAUGCAAUUUUUGGGAAAUCUGAAUGUGACUUAGCUUAGUCAUUUAUCUGAUUGUAACUGGAAAGGAAGAAUAGAUGAAGACAUUGGUUUUGUUUGGUACCAAGUUGUCUUGCUUUUUGCAAUGAACUAUAUCCAUUUUUAUAGUCUUACUGUAACUUUUCACUGAGUCCUAAUAAGACAGAUAUACAAGAUAUUUAUUCCAAUGUAUUCUUUGGACUGCUUAAUGACAUACUCUUUUUGGGAA